GCGACCGUCUGCCCCGCCUCGUCGAUCGAAUAAGUCGUAGCCCGGGCUCCCUCGCCCACGGUAACCGGAGGUCCUCCAGGCGCGAGCGUCUGCCCCUCGACUACGGUCGCGGAAGGCGCAUACUGGACCGUCGACGUGCUAUCUCCUACUACAACGACGGGUCUACCACUGGCAUCGAGAUGCACUCUCGUCGCGCUCUGCCCAGUUCCCAGCGUCGCCGUCCCUCCUCCUCCGGGCGUGAGCGUGUAGCUCCCGAUGACCACGCUGGUCGCGGGCACGGGCGUGAACGUCUGCCCGUUAUUCGUGACUACAGUUAGGGUUGGCGCGAUCACGUUCCCCCUCGGAGUACUCGCGGGCUGCGGUUGUUGCGCGUCCGUGACACCGGCUUGGAAGCCCGCUGCCGACGUCUCCAGAUGCGGGCGCUGGAUAUCGGAGCCAUGGGUUGGCGGCGUGGGUUCCGGGUCACCACUCCCGAAGUCAGAUGCGCUGCUCUCGAAGUGCGCGACGAGCGACUCGAUGGAGCGGAUGUGCGGCUCUGUCGUGCUUUGCGGAGUCUCUUCGAAGCCGGUCGCGCUGCUCUCGAGGUGGAUUUUCGGCUGGCGGGAGCUGGUGGCUUCGAUUGGCGGGGGAGAGGGAGCGGUGGGAAAGGUAGUCGUUGAGUUGAGGCCUGCAGUGUGGUGGUUAGUUAGCGAGCGUGAUACGAAGAGGCGCGCGUGUGCCGAUGCUGCACGUCAAGCUGUGGAGAUGGGCGAUACGAGGUCGCAAUUCGAGACGGGCGGUAAUACGAGACCCAAGAAGCGGAACGGCAACAUACCCAGGCUGCGGAACGCAAAUGCAGAAACCGAGUCCCCUCUUAACAGAAGCAGAAGCAGAAGCAUGCACAGGCGCGAAACCAGAGAGCGCGACAUCAUAGCGAGCGUAGCGAGCGACAGACUACCUCACACAGCGUGCAGCGAGAGACAGAAAGUAAAAACCUCACCUCUCCACCUCACGAAAAUCAGACCUUAGCUCUCCUAAAUCCCCAACUGCCAAAAGGAUCCAAGCGUUCUCUCCGCCCCCAAAAAGGCACAGCAUGGCAGGGAUGGUAAGAGCGCACGGGCCUUGGGUGAACUUCGCUGUGGCAUGCCUGCCAAUCGAAGCGCAGAUGAGAGUAAUGCAGGGACUAUUGACACCAGGGCCCCUGGCAUAGCGCAUGAACAUCGAUCUGAUGUUUCUGGCUGCAUGUCACGAUGAGAGGAGAUGAUGGGCUCGUGGUGAGAUUCAGGGGGGACAGACGAAAAGGCAUAAGCUGGGUCGCGGCUGGGGUAACAGAGACCUAAGAGCAGACAGAUACAGAAGCGCGUCAGGAGAUUCCUGGAGAAAGCCCGUUUAGGAGGCGUUCAAGUGCAACGGUACAAACAGCCCUGGAGGCGUUGUGCGGCUAAGGUGAUGUGGACAUAGGGAUGGGCGAAAACCGCU